AUGACCUUGCCCAGAUACAUUCCGUACAAAGCCCAUCAGCCAACACAGUCCGCGCCACCGAAUCUACCAGCAGCACCGCCUCACGUCCCGGGCUACCCUCCAGUUUCCGACCUUCCGAUGAGCGCUCAUGAUCUCGACCUGGGCCCGAAACCGAAGGAGGACUUUCUUAUGCCACCGAUUGAUCCUCAUGCAGAUGUGACGGACUCCAGGGUUGACGAGAACGGCGACUAUUGGUAUCACGUCACCUGGACCGAUUCCAAAGUAGCCAACGGCAAGCGAGCCGCAGGAGCGGCAAAGCAAACGCUAGAAGUUGACGAGCACUGUCAUGCAUGGUUCCCAGCAUGUUCGUUAGGCAGUGGCUAG